UGAUCUUAAUUAAGCUUACAUCUCACUAAUCAGCCACACUUGUAUAAAAACAUCCCUUCUGCCCAUUCCCCUCUUCAAUUCACCACCUUCUCUCCUCUCUCUACCAACUCAGUGCCCUAAACAAUUACGCCGCCGAGUAAAAUGCCGACGCCUCCUCUCCUCCUCUCUCUCCUCCUCACACUCCUGAUUUCAUCACCAACCGCCGCCGCCGCCUCGCCGAAACACGAUCUGGUGCGUCGCUCCUGCGUCCACGCCAGCUACCCGGACGUGUGCCUCCGCACGCUCUCGUCGUCGUCGUCCUCCGGCGCGGCUGCGACGCCGCGGGAUCUGGCGCAGGCGGCGGUGAGGGUGAGCCUGGCGCACGUGCAGAAGGCGUUGGAGUAUCUGGCGGCGAUGAAGGGGAGCGUGGCGCGGCGGGAGCAGGGGGCGCUGAGCGACUGCGUGGAGCAGAUGGCGGACACGAUGGACGAGCUGAGGAAGACGAUGUCGGCGCUGCGGAAGCUCCGGCGCGGCGGCGGCGCGGAGUUCCGGUGGCAGAUGAGCAACGCGGAGACGUGGGUGAGCGCGGCGCUGACGAACGAGGAGACGUGUUUGGACGGAUUCAAGGAGAUCGACGGCGAGGUGAGGGCGGAUGUGAGGAAGAAGGUCACGAAUGUGGCUAGGGUUACCAGCAACGCGCUCUAUCUCAUCAAUCUCCUCGACGAUUAGUCGAUUAGUCUCUAUCUCUCUGCAUACAUAAUUGAGAUCUAGUUUAAUUGUUGGUGUUUCUGCGUUUAUGUGCAUAAUGUUGCUCAUGAAUUUCUCGUGAAA